AGUGAGUGAGUUCAGUUCAGAACAGUGUAAAUACCUCACCCAAGUCUCCCUACACUUCUCUAUAUGAAUAAGUUAAAGGGCAGGUAAGGUUGUCACACUAGCAUCAGGUUGCCUAAAAGCAGCUUUUAGCUCCCAGCAGAAUCUCCCGCCCACUCCUGGAGAGAGAUUGAAGGAGAAGAAAACAGACAGAUAACACUUCAGUCUCCAGAGAGGAGGGAGAAUAAAUUGAUCAGUAAAGGAAGCUGGUCACAUUCACAGCCAGGCAAGGAGGUGACACUGGAGCUCUACAACCUGCUGCAGGGAACCUGACUGUAGAAGCUGCACUGAGAUAUUAGAUAACAUUCAGCUGGAAGCAUCUGGAGACACAGCAUAGAACUACAAUGUAUGCAAACGGGAAAGUGGCUCUGGUAACCGGGGCAGCACAGGGGAUAGGAAGAGCUAUGGUGGAAGAACUUCUGCACAAGGGAGCUGCGUUGGCUCUGGUGGACCUGAACAGAAUAGCUGGGGAACAGUGCAAAGCGUCACUAGAUGAGCAGUUUGGAAGCCACAGGACCCUGUUUAUACAGUGUGAUGUCACCGAUGAAGAGCAGCUGAAAGAUGCUUUUCGAAAAACCGUUGAACAUUUUGGGAGAUUGGAUAUUUUGGUCAAUAAUGCUGGAGUGAAUAAUGAAAAAGACUGGGAAAAGACAAUUGAAGUUAACUUAAUAUCCGUCAUUAGAGGAACAUACAUCGGUUUGGAACAUAUGAACAAAAAGAAUGGAGGGAAUGGAGGAGUAAUAAUUAACAUUUCAUCUCUAGCAGGUCUUACUCCCGCUGCUUACCAACCUGUAUAUUCCGCAUCAAAGCAUGGAGUUAUAGGAUUUACAAGAUCAAUCGCUGCUCUUGCUUCCAUUGGAAAUUACGGAGUGCGGAUAAAUACAGUAUGCCCAGCAUUUGUUGACACACCACUGCUUGAAACCAUUGAAAAGGAAGAAAACAUGGGAGAAUUCUACAAAUACAAGGAUAACAUAAAGGAUAUGAUGAAAUCCUAUGGUGUGCUAAACCCAUCACUAAUUGCCAAAGGAAUGAUUAAUCUUAUAGAAGAUGAUGCCUCAAAUGGAGCAGUAAUGAAAAUAACAACAGCCAGGGGAAUACACUUUGAAGAGUUUGGAACACACCAAAAGACCAAAAUAUAAUGUAAUUUAUAGCAAUUUAUCUAGUUGUUUAUCUUAAAGGGACACUGAACCCAAUUUUUUUCUUUUGUAAUUCAGAAAGAGCAUGCAAUUUUAAGCAACUUUCUAAUUUACUCCUAUUAUCAAUUGUUCUUCGUUCUCUUGCUAUCAUUAUUUGAAAAAGAAGGCAUCUAAGCUUUUUUUUGGUUUCAGUACUCUGGACAGCACUUUUUAUUGGUGGAUGAAUUUUAUUGGUGAUUAUCCACCAAUCAGCAAGGACAACCCAGGUUGUUCAACAAAAAUGGGCCGGCAUUUAAACUUACAUUCUUGCAUUUCAAAUAAAGAUACCAAGAGAAUGAAGAAAAUUUGACAAUAGGAGUAAAUUUGAAAGUUGCUUAAAAUUUCAUGCUCAAUCUGAAUCACGAAAGAAACAUUUUGGGUACAGUGUCCCUUUAAGAGUUUGUUUUUUAUCUGUAGAAAAAGUUGUGAUUAGUCAUUUUGUUCAGUCAUUAGAACUGCAAAUACAGUAUGUGGUUUGUUAGAUUCCAUCCUCUGAUAAAAUGUGAUCUAAAUCCAUUAAAGAGAUGUAUUAAAGUUAUUGUAAAGUAUAGAACAUUUUGUACAUGUAUGUAAAUUGUAUUCAUUAUACUUGUACAUUUUUUUAUUGUGUAUGUUUGUUUAUGGUUUGUAUAAUGACUUAUGACAUUUUAUUUUCAUAACAAUGUGUGUGCUAACAUUGGUCCCCAUUCAAGUCUAGCAGAAGCAUUGUGAGAAGUGUGUGGAUUGUCACUAGGUAUUCAUCUUAAAUAGCCAUUGCACUCCAUCAGAAAUUUCAUACAAUGUAUUUAUGGUUUGAUAACACCCCAUUUAUCUUGUACUGGGGACAGUUCAAGAGUGUUAUUUAAUUCCAUCAGAAAACAAUUUUCAAGCAUAUUUUUGCUGGAUGUUUUAAAUUCAACAACACUGGCCUUUAUGUGUAUUCUGAGCAGCAUAUCUUGGCUGUUUGCUUAACUAUUUUCAGUGUCAGUUCUAGGCUUAGUUCACGUUACCACGUAUAUUUUCUUCUGUCAAAUAUUUGUUAAAAUCCUUACGAAAACUCCCUUAAAAAUCCUGUGAUAAGCACAUUUCUCAUUGUUUUUCUUUAUGUGCUUAGCUAUGCAUGUUAUCAUUUACUAAAUUGAAAGGUUUUCUUAUUUACACAUUAAGUAAGAUUCUAAUGGAUUCAAAUAGUUUAGAAAACAAAACAAAGGGUAAAAAACGUGCAGUUAUAAUGUUUUCAACAGGAAUUCUAAAGAUUGAAAUAUGGGCCAUUGUUUACUGGCUGAUGGGGGCAGCUCCCACAAAAAAACAGUUGUUUAUUUCCGCACAGGAACAUCCAUAACAAAAACAGAGUACUGUAAUACAUUUUAAAACAUAAUCGUUUAAAUGGGGCAGAAAUAAAAUUGAGUAAUAUGUCCCUUUAAAAUAGAGUUGUAUUUGAUUCCUACAAAAAUGAAAACAAUUAAUAAUACAGACCAUGUUAUAUAAACUGUAAAGCAUAAUAAGUCAAAUCUAUAAAGCAUUAUGUAAAAAUGAUUCAUGUAAAAAUCAAUGUGUAAAUAUGAUAUGUGAUAAAUGUGAGAACUAUAAAUUGA